AUGACAGAUUCAGAAGAUCUGAAGGGAGGAAAAAGUGCACCCAAAAUCAAACUAGAAACAAGGGUUGAUAAGCGGAUCGAAUCGGAGGAGUCGGGCGACGAGGAAGGGAAGAAACAAGCGGCUUCAUUAGUAACAGACCUCAGUCAGCAGAGCCUGCGCGAAGAGCAGAAUGGCGAGAACUCCACAGGAGAAGCGGAGACACCAGUGGACAUGGAGACAGUUAGCCUGGACCCAGAGGCUGAGGAUGUUGACUUGAAUCAUUUCCGAAUUGGGAAAAUAGAAGGAUUUGAAGUGCUCAGGAAAGUGAAGACUCUGUGUCUGCGUCAGAAUUUGGUUAAGCGCAUUGAGAACCUGGAGCAGUUGCAGACCUUGCGGGAGCUGGACCUCUAUGAUAAUCAGAUUCGGAAGAUCGAGAACUUGGAGGCUCUAGCAGACCUUGAGGUCCUGGACAUCUCAUUUAACGUUCUGCGACAAAUUGAGGGACUAGACCGGCUUACUCAGCUUAAAAAACUCUUCCUCGUCAACAACAAAAUCGGCAAAAUUGAGAAUUUAAGUAAUUUACAGGAGUUACAGAUGUUAGAGUUGGGAUCCAAUCGAAUUCGGGUAGGUUCACUGCACAAGACACUAACAGAAGAGCUUU